GUACGAUUUCGGCAUGGAUUGGCUGGGCGGCAAGUGCAGAGACUGCCAGAAGGUCGUGCUCAACCGCGGGUGCGGGCGCUGCCGGCUGCUGCUGUGCAAGCCCUGCUUCACCAUACACAUGGCCACUUGCACGUCGGACGAGGUCUGGCCACCGGGUGGGGUUCGGCGGGCCUCGGCGCCUUCCUGGAGUGCAUAGCCGACGCCGUCGACACGAGUGCAGCCCCGGGCGGCUCCGACGGCUAUUUCAACCCUGGCGGCGAGGCCAUCGGCUCCUCGACAGAGGUGGCCGCGGCCGCGGCCCAGUCCAGGACGGGCCUGCAGCGCGCCGGCUCGAAGUGGACUCAGAUGCUGGAGUCUGCGAGGACGAGUGCGAGGUUGUCGGAGCUUGAGCGGACGGGAAGUCACGAAGCGGACCGCCUUGCAAAGCACGGGGCCGCCCUCAGUCGCUACGAUCCGCAGGAGACCUUGCUGGCGAAAGGAAGGCUUUUUCUGGCUCGCCGGACUUUGAAGCUCAGCAUCCGGUCGGAGGGUUCUUGCAGCGACGACUGCUGCGCGAGGAGCGCAGCGCCGGGACGGGCCGGGCAGGUGGCGCCGUGGAGCUUCAGGGUGCUGGUCGACGCCCGCUGCUGGGUCGGCCAGGUGCUGUCCACAUGCAAGGUCGAUUCCAUCGUCGAGGCCCUGGCAAUCCGCGAGUGCGUCAGGGCCGCGCGCUCGCAGGGCUGGAGCAGCCUGAGACGGACGCUGGCGCGGUUCAUGCCGCGUCUGCGGAGGCACCCGCUGCUGCCGGGCAUCGCUCCGCUGGGGCUCCCGGCCAGGGGCGCCGCCCGCGGCCGCAAGCGGAGGGCCGCCGCCCGCGAGGCCCUCCCGGGCGAGGCGUGGCUCGAGUCGCUGGACCGGCGGUGCCUCGCGCUGCGGCUGCGGCGCGAGGAGCAGCGCGGGCUGCAGCGAGAGAGGUGUGCGCGGCGCCAGCGCGAGCGCUGCGAGGCCAGGGUGCAGCGCGUGGAGGGGCGCGUCGCCGGCGUGGCGGCGCAGAUCGCCGAGCGGCUGGAGGCGCGCGGCCGCCGCAGGGCGCCCGCCCCGGGCGACUGCAGGAGGCCCAGCGCCGCCGCGCCCCGAAGGCCGAGGCUCGCAGAGCGACCACCGAAGCGGAGGGCCUGGCCGCGGCUCGCGUCGCCGCGGCUCGCACCGCCGCGGGGCGGCGGCGGCGCAGGGUUCGCGGGGCCCUCGAGGCGCCUGCUGCGCUUCGGGAAGAAGGGCGGCGCCGACUUCGGCGGCGGCGCGCUGCUGAUGGCGAGCGCGCUCGGCGCGUAGGCGUGGCCCCGCGGGGCCGCAGGAGGGCGGCGCCGCGUAGGCGUGCCAGCGGGCCUCUUCGAGCAGUGGCGAGGCCCCCUUCUCAGCAGAGGGCGCCGCGCGUCGCCCGGGGGCGCGUCUACACCUUAGGCGAUGCUUAAGAAAACCCAAGUUUUCGGCCAGAUGCGAGCAACAGAAGUCUAGUCCCGGGGGCGCAGUUUAAAUCGCCUCGGGCAGGGGCCUCCGCCUAGCUGGGGGCGCCGCUCUGCGCCCAUGGGCGCGCCCGCCGCCCAUUUGUCUUGUUGUGUUCUUCUCUUCUUCCAUUUUAUGCUCAUGCUGUGUUUGGGUCCCUCUAACCUCCGCGCCCUCCCCUGUCGGGCGCCUCCAGAAUGGCGGUCUGAGCGCAAGCCUAGACGUGCAAGCGCAUUCUCGAGCCAUUGGUUGC